GAUUGUCUCCGACUACACUCACUCGCAAUUCAUCUGUGGCUCUUGGAUUCUUAGUUUCACAAUCCUUUCCGCUAAGUGCCUUUGAUUGCUGAAUUGAAGAAUCUAUAGAAUAUAGGUGUCAACACAUACGACAUCUCUAAGAAGCAAAAUUUCAAAAUGCGAGCUGCUUUGAUGUGGACAAUCAGUGACUUUCCUGCAUAUUCAAUGUUGUCUGGGUGGAGUACUGCGGGCAGGCUAGCAUGUACAUAUUGUAUGGAGAAUUCUGAUGCUUUUACUUUGACAAAUGGUGGUAAGCAGUCCUGGUUUGACAACCAUCGUAAGUUUCUGCCACUAAAUCAUCCAUAUAGAAAGGAUAAGAGCUCAUUUAGAAAGAAUAGAGUAGUAACCAUGCAGCCUACCCCAUUCCGGUCAGGUGAAGAUGUCUUAAAAGAGAUAGAAGAACUGGGACUUAAAAAGGUAACAAAACUUGGGGCUGAUAUUAUUAAUCGUCGGAUUAGUAGGUUUUCUGGUUGGAAGAAGAGAAGCAUAUUCUGGGAUUUGCCAUAUUGGAGUACCAAUCUCAUUCGGCAUAAUCUAGAUGUGAUGCACAUUGAGAAUAACUUCUUUGAGAAUGUGUUCAACACAGUGCUGGAUGUAGAUGGUAAAACAAAAGAUAACCCAAAAUCUAUAGAAGACUUGAAAGACUUCUGUCGACGACCUGAAUUACAUGCUGUUGAUGGAAAAUAUCCGAAAGCUAUUUACACACUAAAAGAAGAGUCAAAAAAAUUGUUUAGUGAAUGGGUGAAAAAUCUAAAGUUUCCUGUUGGAUGUCUCAAAUAUGGGAAGGUGUGUGGACAUGACAAAACACAAGUUAUUUGGUAUGAAAAGUCACGAUUGUCAUGUAUUCAUCAAAGAUUGGUUCCUAUUGCAUUCCGUGAGCUAUUACCAAAAAAGGUGUGGGAAGCACUUACUGAGAUGAGUCUUUUCUUUAGGGAUGUCACUUCUACAGUAAUACAUGAAGAGGAUAUGGUAAGACUUCAACAACAAAUACCUGAAAUACUUUGUAAAUUAGAGCGUGUAUCCCUCCUAGCUUCUUUGAUUCAAUGGAGCAUCUCCCUGUGCAUCUCGCUUAUGAAGCAAUGCUAG